AUCGAAAUUUGGAACUGCACUGACACUGAUUGUUUUGCACUCACUGGAGUGUUUUAGAUUUAUAUCCGAAACUAAUAACUAAAUAGUUAAGAUGGGGCGCCGCUCUAUAAAUACCACUAAAAGUGGUAAAUACAUGAAUCCCACAGAUCAGGCUAGAAAGGAGGCUCGCAAGAAGGAGCUGAAAAAGAAUAAAAAACAGAGGCAAAUGGUUAGAGCAGCUGUGCUGAAAAAUAAGGAUCCUGGGCAAAUAUUGGAGGAAAUGGAGAAAAUUGAUGAAAUGGAAUAUAAUGUGUUGCAGCCCUCGCCGCUCAAUGAAAAAGUCCUAAGGGACAAGCGUAAAAAGCUUAAAGAGACAUUUGAAAGAGUUAUGCGGCUUUAUUACAACGACGAUCCGGAACAUUGGUCCGAAUUAAAGCGCAAAGAAGUGGAGUACGAAAAAAAGCGCUUGAAAAAGCAACAAUACUAUGAAAGCGUUAAACAUGCUCAAAGUGUACAAAUAGAUGAGAUUCCUUUACCCUCAAGUACCCAAACUCCAGUGGCUGGUGGACCUUCGUCUUUUCCGGGUCCCAAACGCUUACCCCCACCACCCACGGCCUUAUCAUUGCCGCCAUUUGCACCAGGAGCUCCCCCGGGAACACUUAAGAAACUCAAUGAACAUAUAAUCAAACCGGCAGAUAAACAUGAUGAUCCUAAACGCAAAGAAAUUAUUGGCGUUCCCAUUGGUCCUCCUCCUGACUUGGCGGACCUGUCUGACUUGGAUACUGAUGCCGAAGAUAAUGAGGUGGUCUUAAAGAAAUAUGUACCCAAAACGAAAUCAUCCAAAUCAGUGACAAAACCUAACUCUCUGCAACAAAGAAUGUUGGCAAUAUCUGGUCAAAAUAUUGAUGAUUUCAUGAAAGAAAUGGAAAAUGUACACAAAAAGAAAGUGGCUGCUAGUCGAGGGGAGAAUGACAAGACCGGUGAUGAUUCAAAAGACAAAAAAGUUGAUGGAGACAACGAUGAUGAUGACGACGAAGAGGACGCAGAUGACAACACUGAUUUAUCUGAGUGCAGUUUUAGUGACGAAGAAGAUAAUGACGACAGUGAAGCGGCCAAACGAAGGCGUACCCACUCUAAUUCGGAUGAUACUGCUGCCAUACCUACACCUGCCGCCGCUGCAGCAGCAGCAGUGCCCAUGCCAGUGGCGAUAGCUUUACCAAAUAUACCCGCACCUCCCCAACCGCACAUACCAUUGCAUGGUCCACCUCCUAUGAUGUUUAGACCACCGCCCAGACCACCAGCAAUGCAUGGAUUUGGCAUACGUAUGCCUCCGGGACCACCGCCUGGUCCUCGUCCUGGCAUGGGAGGUAUGCCACGCAUGGGUAUACGUAUACCAGGACCACCACCAGGUUUACCACCACGUAUGGCGCAGCACCAUAAAAUGCAGCAACAGCUACAAAAUAAGGAUAGUAAGGGUGUAACGACCAUUACGGCCAAGCCUCAGAUUAGAAAUUUGAGCGCCGAUGUCACCCGUUUUGUACCAUCCACCCUGCGAGUCAAACGAGAAGAUUCCCGUAAACCUAACCGUGCUAAACCAUUUACUCAAGAAACCACUGCUCGUCCGGCGGAAUCGAAUAAUGCUGCUUCCAAAGACGAUGCCUACAUACAGUUCAUGAGUGAAAUGCAGGGUCUACUGUAGUUGUUAAAAGAUAGUCAGCGUACAAUAAAACCAAUCAUAGCAUAAGGAAACAAGAAAACAAAAAACUAAAGAAAUAAAAAAAAAAUAAGAAUUAAUUUAAAU